AUGGACAGAGACAACCAGACUGGAGUCACAGAAUUUCUUCUUCUGGAACUCUCUAAUCAGCCGGGGCAGGAACAGGUUCUUUUCGGCUCAUUCCUAUGUAUGUACCUGCUCACCAUCAUCGGGAACUUUCUCAUCAUCUUGGCCAUUAGCUGUGACAGUCGUCUCCACACACCCAUGUACUUCUUCCUGGCCAACCUCUCCUGUGUGGACAUCUGCUUUUCAUCAGUCACCAUGCCCAAGACGCUGGUGAACCACAUGGUGGGAAGCAAGUCUAUCUCUUACGUGGAAUGUAUGACCCAGAUCUACUUCUUCAUCACUUUCAUCAACAUGGAUGGGUUCCUCCUGAGUGUGAUGGCCUACGACCGUUACAACGCCAUCUGCUGCCCACUCCAGUACACCAUGAUCAUGAGGCCCCAACUCUGUGUCCUUCUGGUAGCAGUGUCUUGGGUCAUUACAAACCUGCAUGCUCUCCUUCACACUCUUCUCAUGGUUCGGCUCACAUUCUGUUCCAACAAUUUUGUCCACCACUUCUUCUGUGACCCCUAUGCAAUUCUAAAGCUGUCCUGCUCUGACACCUUUGUCAAUGACAUGAUGGUCUUUACUGUGGGUGGGCUGAUAUUUCUGACACCAUUUUCAUGUAUAAUCAUUUCCUAUGCUUACAUUCUCUCUAAUGUACUAAAGCUGCCAACUGCCCAUGGACUAAGGAAAGCCCUGUCCACGUGUGGAUCCCACCUCACUGUGGUCUCCCUCUUUUAUGGGGCAAUCCUGGGGGUCUAUAUGCACCCUUCAUCCUCCUACUCAGUACGGGACAUAGUGGCCACUAUCAUCUUCACCGUGCUGACCCCCCUCGUCAAUCCCUUCAUCUAUAGCUUGAGAAAUCGUGAUGUGAAGGAAGCCUUAAGGAAACUAAUUAUUGUUAGGAGAAUUGUUUUGUCAAGAUCCUAG